AUUUCUGUAGCCAUUUUGGCUCAAGCCGCGCGGGGGGGCGCCCUUUCCCGCAUUCUUGAGUGGCCACGGUCUUCCGCUGAUGUCGGGCGAUGUCAGCGAUGUGGAUGCGCAUCCCGCGGCCUGGGGCGCGCUGGCUGGCGCCGUCGAGCUAGCAGCGCGCGGGGCGGCUGCGGGCGCGGCGGGCUCAACGUGGCAUGUAGCGGCGGCUGCGGUGGCGGCCGCCGUCCGCACGGCCGUGGAAUCGCUGGCGCCGCUGGCGAUGGCCGUCGAGGCCCCUUUCGGCGAACAUCGAGGAGCUCGCCCUCCGCCUCGCGGCGAUGGCUCCAGCUCUGUUGCAGGCCAUCCGCGGCCAGCAGGCAGGAGGAGCCGUCCGUGGGCGCGGAACCUUGGCGCGCACGCCUUGCUGGGCGAUGGGGCCGCUGCGCUGGCGUCGGCGCUGGAGCGGCCUACCUGCGCCCAGCGGAGCGGGCGCGCUGUGCGUGCUAGGCGUGCGGCGGCGGCAGGGCCAUGGCAGCCUAGCCUCCGCCGCUGCGCUGCAGGCCCAUCCUCGGCGGCCACCGUGCUCGAGGAGGUCGACAGCGAGAUGGACAAGUCUGGCGGCGGCUCAUCCGGAGGGAGCGGCGUGGGCCCAGGGCCUUGGGCUCCCAGCCUCUGGUGCUGCCGCGAGUCGGGCGAGGAGUGGGCCGCCCCCGCGGCAGGCGGCGGCGAUGCUGCUGCGGACGCCCCUGGCGCCGCGCCCCAUGGUGAGGCGCGGCGCCAGGCGCCGCGGGCGUCGCCCCAAGUCCCUGGACGUGGUGAAGACCGUGCGGUUCUCUCAGAAAGACGUGACCGACUCCGACGACGAUGGCGCUCCUGGCCCUGGCGAGCUGGAGGGUAGCGUCGGCCCCGCGGCCCCUGGGCCGCCUCCGCCCCCGGAGGCUGCUGGCGCGCCUGCCCAGGGCCUGGGCGGCGGUGGGGUGCCUGGCGAGCGUGCGGAUCGCAGCGCCAGCGAUGCCCCCGCCUCCGCAGGCUCCUUGCGGUCGCCGCCUGGGGGCGCGCAGCAGGUCAACGCGCCCAACGGUUCGGCGUGCAGCACGAUCUGUUCGGACAGCGCUCGCCUCGACACCCAUAUUGUGCAAUACUUGGCUCGGAAUGAUGCGGCCCUCUUGAGCGGGGGCACGCAGGCUCCUCCUGCGCCCACCGCGCCCAGAGGACCCAUGAGGCUUCGGGUGCUGCGGCGCCAGGUGGCGCCUAGCGCGGAGGCAUCCAUCGUCGACCGCGAGGUUGUGGACGGCGACUUCGAUUCCGAGGUGGAUGAUGACGGCUCGCACCGUGAGCUCGUGGAGCGCGUCUUCCCUCUCUUGGCAGAAGCGGUGGCAGCUGGCGACGAGGACACGCUGCUGCCCCUCCUCCUCCGCGAAGCUGGCAUUGGCUUCUCGUCCAGGCCUCCUGAUGUGCGUCGCCACGCGGCCGGCGUGCUGGCCUCCAUGGAGAGCUUCCUCGCCGAGGGGGCUGCAGGUGAUGGCCCUCCGUGCGCCGCCGCGCGCGCUUGCGACAACAGUUCCUACGUCUCCUCCGUGGAGGGUGUCUUCAGGGACUUCAGACCUGACCAUGGCCAGUUCCUCAGAGAUGAGUUUUCUGAUGGCAGUGAGCGCGCGGCCGAGUGCGACCUCGAGCGCGCCGAACGGCUGGCCCAGGGCUCGCCGAGCUUCGCCGAGCAGCAGGCGCUUCGCCGCUCCGAGGCCCUGGCCCAGCUUGAUGAUUGAUGGGCUCCCGCGCGCGUCCUCUUGUGGACCCCUUGCGGGCCUUCUGGCCGCCGGCGCGUUGUCGCGCAGAUUCCCGCGCCCCGCCCGGGCCUUGCCGCGCGCGGCCGCGCGAGCUUGUUUGGGGGGUCGCCCGUCGCAAGGCCUUGCACUUUAAUGUUUUCCUGUUUGACUUGGGGUGCUGCUGAAUCGUUGCGCUUCGCGCCGAUCGUGCUCCCUGACCCCUGGGGCUCCGUGGCCCUCCUGGGUGUGGCGCGGGGCCCGAAGUGGCCCGCGCCCGCUUUGCUUGCCUCCUGGGGCUCGCGCGCGCUGCGCCGCGCACGCCCUGCACGGGGGCGACCCUGGUAGGCCUUGUGGGACAGGCCCAGAGGAGGCCUCGGGCUUCGGCGCCUCAGCGGCGCCCCCAUCCAGCCUUUAUAGGCCCCGCAGAACCAGAGCCAGGCAGCGCCACAACAGCGCAAAAAAUGCAACGCAGGAAAAUGAUGGAAUUCAAAAAACACUGC